AUGACAGAUAAUGCAUCAGCAUCGCAAGCUGAGGAAUUCCUCAAGCUCAAUGUGGUACAAGGGAGGGUCCAGCCAUCUUUCCACAACAAAAAUGCUCUGCUCUCAGCUAUUGAUGAGCUACCAGCAGGCAUCGAUUGGCAAUGUGAAGCGAUGACACUCACUGGUGACAUCACCAACGAUGAGGGUGAACCACAGACGGAAGAUGUUGAAUUAUGGUUCCGUGACCCUGUGGAAUGCAUUCGGGAUCUCAUUGGCAACCCAUGCUUCAAAGACAGCAUGUCUUACGCACCUGAACAUAGUUAUACUGGACCAGAAGGUAAAUCACGAGUUAUCGAUGAGAUGUGGACAGCGGACUGGUGGUGGAAUAUGCAGGAACGGGUGCCUACUCAGCUCUCGCAGUUUCAUGGUGAUAAGGCUGCAUGGCCUGUGUAUCUUACAAUUGGGAACAUCUCAAAAGAUGUACGGCGGCAGGUUUCAUCACAUGCGACAGUCUUGCUUGGCCGAAAAGGUGAAGAUAUGACCUGCGGAGAUGGUGCUAUUCGCCGUGUCUGGCCCAUACUUGCUGCCUACAUAGCUGAUUAUCCAGAGCAGUGCUUGGUUGCAUGCUGCAUGGAAAAUCGAUGCCCGUUAUGCAAGACCAUUGCCAUGCUUGCUCAGAAUGAAAACGCACCUUCUCCAGAGCUGACAAAGGAGUUUAAAAAUCUGGGCCUUCGACCGAUAUUUCCUCCCUUUUGGGCCACACUCCCGCACACAGAUAUCUUCCAGGCAUUUACACCUGACCUGUUGCAUCAGUUGCACAAGGGUGUGUUCAAAGAUCACCUCGUUCAAUGGACUACACGGAUUAUGGGGGAGAAUGAGGUGGAUGACCGGUUCAAAACAAUGACAUCGCACCAUGGAUUGAGGCACUUCAAAAACGGCAUCUCAUCAGUAUCACAAUGGACAGGAAAGGAGCACAAAGAGAUGGAAAAAGUUUUUAUAGGGCUCAUAUCAGGAGGAGUCGAUCUGCGUAUCAUCCGAACUGUGUGCGCAGUCACAGAUUUCAUUUACUAUUCUUCCCUUCAAUCUCACACAGACCACUCGCUCCAGGCACUCGCACAUGCACUUGAGGAGUUCCAUGCACACAAGGAUGUCUUUAUUGAGAUGGGUGGCAGAAAAGCUACUCACUUUAACAUCCCAAAGAUCCACUCAAUGCAACAUUAUGUGGAAUUGAUUCGACGGUUCGGGUCUGCAGAUGGUUUUAAUACUGAAUCACCAGAACGGCUACACAUUGAUUAUGCGAAGGAGGCUUACCGCGCAGGAAACAAGAAGGACUACAUUGCGCAGAUGACAGUUUGGCUAUGGCGUCAAGAGGCUGUUGACAGGUUCAGCACAUACUUGGACUGGUAUAAAGCUCGUACCUUGAAAUCAUUGGAAUCAGGGCCAAAGGACUGUGCAGAGUGUGGAUUGGAGUUGGAGACUGAAGGAGAUGAACAGGAUGGUGAAGUUGUCAUUGAAAACUCACCACUAUUUGAUGUAGACCGUGACGUUGCAUCCGAGACUGAUGCAAAUCUGUCAGAGCGAAACACCACUUCAUUUUCUCGUACUUCAAUGAUCCACAUUCCUACCACCCAUCCUCCUCAUCUUCGCAGAAUCCCAGCCUCCAAAAUAAUCAGUGACCAGCAUGCAUCACUUUUUCUCCAAGCAUUAACAACCUACAUUCGCACUCUUGGCAUCCUUUAUGUCCCAAAAUCCUUUGACACCUUUGACCUAUUCUCUCGCCUGGCCUUUGAAUUACCUGCCAUCGCCGAAGUCAGUUCACGCAAGCUUAAAAAUAUUGUGCAUGUCUCGCCACCAAUUGCACAUGCAGGUCUUCGUGUUGCUCAAGUACUAUCAGUCUUCAAGGUUCCAACAUAUUAUCCGGACGAGGAACGUUUGCGAGGCCCUCUCGCAUACAUUGAAUGGAUGACACCUUUGCGAGAACCUGAUCCUGAUCUUGACAUGUUUGUCGUAUCUCGAUCCACCUGCAGGCAUCAGCGACAUGCAGAAGUUGUCCCCAUCAGUCAUAUCAUCCGCAGCUGCCACCUAGUGCCAAGCUUCGUUCUACAUAAAUCCGUACAUUGA